CUUCCUCUGUUCUCGCCUCUUCGCCAUUUCCCUUCCUUCAGCCCGACUCAUCAGCCAAAUCCCACCUUCUACGUCUUCCUCUCCUUCCCUUCUGCUACCUGUGAUUCUCCUUCACAUGUUUUUGGUUUUCCUUGGCCUGUGUUGUCCCCGGAGGAAGGAGAAGGAAAGAGAGAAAGCCAUCGAGACGCGUACGAAAGCUGCCAUUCCGUCUAACUCCUUUUUACCCAGAGUUCGUGGGUUCUUCUCCUUCCAGGUGUUCUUCCUCCUGUGCGGAUUCUGCCGAACUUGAGUCUGUUCCCUUCCCACUCUUCUCUCAUUAAUUUGUGGGUUCUUGCUUUCUCGUUAUCGUGCUCCUUGCUCUGUCUUCCUUUCGGAUUCCAAAACAAUGGGAGACCAUCUCGCUCUGGUUGUGGAUGAUUUGCUGGCGAAGCCGACCCUUGAAGCUGCAGCUGGAAACAGGAAACAUGCGUUCGUAGAUACCAAUACAACAUCAUCAUCGGCUGACCCUGCUGCAUCAGCAAAGUUGAAGGAGUGCAGAAUCUGCCAUGAAGAAGACCACGAUUCCAACAUGGAGAUCCCCUGCUCAUGCAGGGGCAGCUUGAAGUAUGCUCAUCGGGUAUGCGUUCAACGUUGGUGCAACCAGAAAGGCGAUACGAUGUGCGAGAUAUGCCUCCAGCAAUUCAAUCCAGGUUAUACCACUCUGCCAAAGUUGUACGAUUACGGGAGUACUCCGAUGAACUUUAGCUGGGAGAUCUCUGCACAGGACUUUCGUGAUACACAGUUCAUCACAAUGUUUCCGUCAGAUCAUGGUGCCAUUGACUCAGCUGUGGGUUAUCGUGACCAUUCGAGGACAAGCAACACUUUUUGCUGUCGAUCAAUCACUGUAAUCUUCAUGGUUCUUCUUGUUCUUCGGCAUGCCCUUCCUCUCUUGAUCAGCGAUGACGACGAGUAUUCAUUUACCCUGUUCUCGAUGCUGGUGUUGAAGACUGCCGGAGUAAUCUUACCGAUAUUUUUGGUUCUUGGAAUCAUAAACAAAAUUCAACGGCGGCGCCGGCGUCGGGUAAACUGGAUAGCGUUAGUCACGUCUGAAGGAGAAAGAAGUCCAGAAUGAAUUCAUCGUCCCAAAUUGAAGGUUGCUGAUUGAAGCAACAAAGUGAUGUAGCAGAAGCAGACUGAAAAACCCAGAUAUGAAUUUUAGAACGCUGUAAAUGAACCAAAAAGAAGUGUGAUUGUUCAUAGAAAUCUCAGAAAUGUAUUAAUCCUUUUUUAAGAUUUGUUUUAGCAGCCAAUGGUAAAGAUUUCAAGAUGGAAAUGUAGAUAAGAGCUUUUGAAGACACUUCAUUUAAAGGAUUAGACAGUAAGCCCAACAAAAACAAGCUACCAUAAGAACAGCUACAUCAUGGAG